CCAUACGUACUUCUUUGAUCGACUAGACGUAAACAUGGCUUUCCACCGACGAGUUCAAAUGGGCUUACUACUUGCUGCUGCGGGUAUUGCGAAUGUUGCGGCCACUAAACAAUGUGUCGAAUUCGAGUUACCAAUUUCUGUCGACACCACCAACGAACACUAUAAUAUUCGACGUGUGGACAACGAUGUCGACGCCGUGCAAUGGGCACUGGACUCCAGCAUAUGGAACCAGACAUUUGGCAAAAUCAUCGAUCAUGUGAACAUCACCACAACCUACAACAUCAGUGCUGAGCUUUGCGUCCCGUCGGAGAAGUCGGACAAGUCAGACAUCUUGCAGAUUGCAGUGCAUGGAAAUGCAUGGGAUAAAAGAGCCUGGGACGUACAGGUUAGGCCGGAGCAGCAGUCCUAUGUAGACGCAGCCAUCGCAAAAGGAUACUCAAUCCUUACCUUCGACCGCAUCGGCACCGGACAGUCCACACUCGUCAACGCCUACGACGAUGCGCAGCCUAAUACCGAAAUCGAGAUCCUCGCGCAGAUCACCACGUUAGCGCGCAGCGGAAAGCUUCUCAGCGGAGCCACCAUCAUCUCCAACACCACCGCUAUUCCAUCGCCAACCCCGAAAAAAAUCGUCCACGUUGGUCACUCUUUUGGCUCCCUUCUCAUAUUUGGUCUGCUCAAGAAACAAGGCGAUUUGUCUGAUGGCGCGCUUCUUACUGGGUUUUUGAACAGCUCGCACUUGCGUGAUGUUCCUGUCGCCACUUUCGAACACGCUUACGCUGCUACUCACGACCCUGCUCGCUUUGGAACUUUCGGCUCGGGAUACGUUGUCCUUACUUCUUUGAAUACGUUGCAGAAGUUGUAUUUCACAAAGGCAACACUUGAUGCGGAGCUGCUCGAGUACACGGAGAGGAUCAAGCAGCCAGAGCCUGUCGCUGUGUAUGCAUCCGCUGGGCAAGUUUUUGGUUCGGAGAAUACGAACUUGUUUAGGGGUCCUGUACAGUUGAUCGCGGGUGAAGCAGACUUCGUGACCUGCAAUGGGUAUUGCCCAGGAACAUACGAUGAAGAGGAGAUGAAAGACCAGUGGUUUCAGAAUGCGGCCAAUUUGACGGUGUAUAUUGCACCUGACACCGCCCAUGUGCUCAAUGUAGCUACGAGUGCAUCGGCUACAUACAAGAAGAUGCUUGAUUACCUAGAAGAACAUGGCCUGUAA